AUGUAUUAAAAAUGGUGGAUGUUUCGUGAGUUGUGCUGUGUAUUUGAUUCAGUGAAAGUGAAAACGUAUCAUGAAUUCUUCCAUCCCAGAGAUUCGAAUUUAUUCACCAGAAAAAGUUAAUAAUGGCGGAGGUGCUUUAAAUGGUAAGGUUGAUAAUGUCCGAAAGAAUCCAUUUUUUUGUGAUAUGAGAAAGGUUGAUAUCAAAAGCAUUCCUAUGGUUAAGUGGGAAAAUACAGCGCACAUGAGAACACACAAUCUCAGUAAUUUUUCUGCGAGUACUUUGAUGUAUCGCACAGCUUAUCGGUCUCAAGGAAUAGCUAUGAACAGAGCUAAGUUAGGAUGCAUUUCCAGUCCUAUCAAAUCUUUAGAUUUAUUAAGGCAGAAUCUUCAAACUAGUAUCAACAAAGAAAUAGAUGAAAUUAUUCAAAGAUAUUUAGAGAAGUUUUUCAAACCGGGUUUAGAAAAUAUUCGUGCAAAUAAUGGUGAAAAUUCUGUAUCUGAGCAUCAUGUUCAUGGUGUGUGUAAGCAGAUAUUAGAAGAAGCAAAGAAAAUGUAUCAAGGGAGCCAUACUAGAGGAAAUAGUCCAGCAGUUGAUUGCUCAGAUGUUGAAUAUCACAGCCCACCUGAAAUUAAACCUGGGCGAACUUAUCAUAAAGGUCCUGGAAGAAAAAGAAAAGAUUCGGAUACAGAUUCUGAAGCUAGUCAAAAUUUAAUUAAGCCUAAAAAGAAAAAAGGAAGACCUCCAAUCCAUUUCCACAGUAAUAUAUCUGGACGUUCGACUCCUUCGAAACUAAAAUCGUCGGAGCCGGUAAAGAGAGAGGGACCAAAAUGGGAUCCGGCUCGAUUAACUCCUGAAACACAAUUCAUUAUGGGUGCUAAGGCUAAUAAAGCCUUGGGUUUAGGUGCAACUAGAGGUAGACUUUACAUAAAACAUCCAGAUAUAUUUAAAUAUUCGGGUGAUCAAGAAGAUAAACAAUGGCUCUAUGAUCAGAAUCAAAUGCCUGCUACUGGAGGUAAGGCAUACAUGUUACUUGUAGAGGAUAUUCGCCAACUUGCCGAAUCUGAAGAAUACCGCAAUAAUCCUGGCUUAAUGAUGGAUGAAAUAAUAGGAUUUUCUGUACCAGAUAGCAUGCUUCAAAAAAUGAAAAUAUCGAUGCAGUUAAUGCGUACUGAUGUGCCAACUAGGAAAAGAGGACGCCCUCCUUUAAAUAUAGAUACUAGUAGUGAGCGUAAUAAUAUUCAGGUUGAACAGAAGCAAGAAGAAGUAAUACCAGAGGAUAGAAGACAAGCUGAAUCAGCUGAAACGUCUCCUGCUGAUCUUGAUUUGUUAAGUACAGAAAUGCCAUCAAAUGAUCCUUCACCAUUUAGUCUUGGUCCUGGUUUUGAUGAUGUAAGUCCAGCACAACCAGAAGUUUCACCAACACCGUCAGAGUUUAGUACCAGUAUAGAUCCACCCCUCUCAGCUCCAUUUGAUAUAACUGCUCCUUAGUGAUGUAUAAUAUUUCUUUUAGUUUUAAGACAACAGACCAAUGUACAUGAUAAAGUUUUAUUUGUAUUAGGAAAAAAUUAAUUUAUCAAAGUUAAAUAAUAGUUUUAACUUAAUUCUAUAAAAAGAAAGGAGUAAAAAUGUAAAACUGUGAAUUGAAAAAGUGCCUGUUUGGACAGAAAUUGUUACGAAAUAAUGCAUUGUUUUAAAAAUUGACAGAUACACUCCGUGUUGAUUCAUAACCUUGUAUUGGAAAGGCGAACUCGAGGAUGG